AUGGCCAGUGCAAGAAGCAGUACUAAAAUCUAUGUCAAAGGCGAGGAACAACUGCGUUUUGCGCUCCGGCCGGUCGACAGCACUGCGCCACAAACCAUCCAUCCAUCUGAUGAUGAACGCUUGGAAAUGUUAGCGACUGUGAAACAGCAACGACAGCAGUACUGGAGGAGGAGCAGGAGGAAUUCCAGCAAUGAAGUUUGUUGUCCUGAGCAAGCCGAUCAGCACAAAUUUACACUUUCCAGCACGCUAACGAACGCGACAAAUGCGCUUCCCCUGGACAAUCGCCACUUCUUCAUCCGACAUGCAUCCAUCAAUCUUGUUUCCCUCAUCACGGGAUGUGAAAUCAUUUCAAACACCGCUCAACACUUUUGUUCACAAACUGCAAUACGUUAUAUUGUGUUUUGA